AUGGCAAAGGACGGCGGAAAAAAAAUCACCCCCAUGAUGGCCCAAUACCAGGCCAUGCGGCGUUCCCUCCCUGACGACAUUCUCCUCCUCUACCGCCUUGGUGACUUCUACGAAAUGUUUUUUGAAGACGCCAAAAAUGCCGCCUCCAUCCUCAACGUCGCCCUCACCAAACGCAACAGCAUCCCCAUGUGCGGCGUCCCCCACCACGCCGCCCAAGGAUACAUCGCCAAGCUCAUCAAAGCCGACAAACGCGUCGCCAUCGCCGAACAAACCACCGAACCCCAACCCGGAAAAAUCGUCGAGCGCGAGAUCUCCCAAAUCAUCUCCGCCGGCACCAUCGACGACCUCACCCUCCUCGACGACACCCGCCACAACUACCUCGCCGCUGUCUUCCAACACAAAAAAUCCUACGGCCUCGCCUGCGCCGAUCACACCACCGGCGAAUUCACCGUCUCCCAAUUUACUGACCCCCAACAACUCGAAGACGAACUCACCCGCCUCUCCCCCUCCGAACUCCUCAUCUCUGACGAACAAGUCGCCGAGCUCGGCCACCUCCUCCGCCCCCAACCCUACGAUGGCUACUCUUUUCUCCACGACCAAGCCCUCCACACCCUCAAAGAACACUUCCACGUCCAAUCCCUCGACGGCUUUGGCUGCGCCGACAUGCCCGCCGCCCUCUCCGCCGCGGGCGCCAUCCUUCACUACCUCUCCUUCCAACUCCGACGGAACUGCGAUCACCUCAAAUCCCUCUCUGUUAGAAACUCCACUGACCACGUCCUCAUCGACUCCGCCUCCCAGCAAAACCUCGACCUCGUCGAAUCCAGAAGCGGAAAACAACACACCCUCCUCGGCGUCCUCGACCGCACCUCCACCCCCAUGGGUGCCAGAAAACUACGCGACUGGAUCCUCCACCCCCUGCGCGACCUCGACACCCUCACCGCCCGGCAAAACCUCAUCGCCUCCCUCCUUGCCGAGCCCUACCUCCUCACCCAACUCCGCGACUCCCUCAAAAACAUCCGCGACAUUGAACGCACCACCGGCCGCCUCUCCCAAGGCUCCGGCAACGCCCGCGACCUCAAAUCCCUCCAACUCUCCCUAGAAAAAAUCCCCGACCUAAAAACCGACCUCGCUGCCGUGGCCGACAGUGCCCGUAAAGUCGACCUCCGGUCGAAAAACAAUCUACAAACCACCCUCCACGCCCAGAUCCAAGAAUUCCCCGAACUCGUCACCUUCCUCCAAAACGCCCUCGUCGAAGAACCCCCCGCCCAACUCAAAGACGGCGGCAUCAUCCGCGACGGCCACUCCGCCCCCAUCGACGAACUCCGCGCCGCCUCGCGCGAUGGUAAACAAUGGAUCGCCGAACUCCAACAAACCGAAAGAAAACGCACCGGCAUCGACACCCUAAAAAUCAAAUUCAACAACGUCUUCGGAUACUUCAUCGAGAUCACCAAAGCCAAAGCCGACCAAGCUCCCGACGACUACCAGCGCAAACAAACCAUGGCAAAUGCCGAGCGCUUCAUCACCCCCGAGCUCAAAAAAGUCGAAGGCAAAGUCCUCGGAGCCGACGACCGCGCCAAAGCCCUCGAAUACGACGAAUUCAUCACCCUCCGUUCCCACGUCACCGAACACCUCCUCCCCCUCCAACAAACCGCCGACGCCCUUGCCACCCUCGACGUCCUCCUCUCCUUUGCCGAAACCGCCCAGCUCCACCAACACACCCGGCCCGUCCUCGACGACUCCCGCCACCUCCAGAUCGUCAACGGCCGCCACCCCGUCCUAGAACAAACCCUCAUCGACAAAAAAUUCGUCCCCAACGACACCCUCAUCGACCCAGAAGAAUCUCUCCUCCAAAUUCUCACCGGCCCCAACAUGGCCGGAAAAUCCACCUACAUCCGCCAAAUCGCCCUCAUCACCCUCAUGGCUCAGAUCGGCGCCUAUGUUCCCGCCGAACACGCCCACCUCGGCCUCACCGACCGCAUCUUCUGCCGCGUCGGCGCCUCCGACGACCUCGCCAAAGGCCAAUCCACCUUCAUGGUCGAAAUGAACGAAACCGCCCUCAUCGUCAACAACGCCACCGACAAAUCCCUCGUCAUCCUCGACGAAAUCGGUCGCGGCACCGCCACCUUCGAUGGCCUCUCCAUCGCCUGGUCCGUCGCCGAACACCUCCACGACCAAGUCCAAUGCCGCACCCUCUUCGCCACCCACUACCACGAACUCUGUGACCUCGCCGCCACCAAAAAAUCCGUCGCCAACUUCAACGUCGCCGUCCGCGAAUGGAAUGACGACAUCAUCUUCCUAAGAAAAAUCCUCCCCGGCCAAGCUGACAAAUCCUACGGCAUCCAAGUCGCAAGACUAGCCGGCCUCCCCAAAAAUAUCCUAGACCGCGCCAAAGAAAUCCUUAGCCACCUAGAAAUGAACUCCUCCAAACCCAACGAAAGAAAAAACAAAUCCUCAAAAAAUCAAAAACCAAACUCCAAAACCCUCCCACAAACCGACUCCCCCCAAAUGGAUCUCUUUUCCUAA